GGCCGAGACCGAUGCGCCUAAGGCCCCCGGAAUCUUCUUCGGGCUAGGCCAGGAUUUGCUGACGUCUCAGGCUCCCCACAUCAGAAUACUGUAGGUCUGGGUACAAGUAUUUGUUAGUUUCCAGUGCAAUAUGUUCGGCACUCUCUCUGUUCAGACAGCUUUUCUGACCUCCUCAUCAACCAGAGCCAUUGUCGAUGUCUUAUGUAACUGAUGGUACCGUCUGGCCCGUGGCUGUGACCCUCGAUGACAGUGUGAAAGAUGUCAUCAGCCUUUUCUAUCAGCUGGCCGAUGACAAUAGUGCACAAGCCGGCCCACGACUGGCAAGUGAGGUCUUCACCCCGAACGGCGAGUUUGUCACUGUAGCUGGAACGCUCAAAGGGAGUGACGAGAUUUCUCGUUCUCGGGAGCAGACUCAGGCGAGAUUCCCAGGCCGUCGCCAUAACAUCCGCAAAGUCUUUGUCAAUGACAAGCAAGGUCAUGACCUGUUUGUGUUAGGCCACGCCAAAAUGGACCUUGUGAACGGGAAAAGCGUGGAGACGGACUUCGCGACGCACAUUCUUAUCAAUGUGCAAAGCAACGCAGCAAAGAGUCCUCGACUAGAGUUCGCGGAGGUAUUUGCAACAGCGCACCAGUAAUGAAGGCGUUGAAGGAUAAUUGAAUGAUCAGUCCGGAUCGUAAAUGUAGUCUAUUUGGCAAACGUCAACCUGAGGCGGA